GCCAAUUGCCACCAUGUUUUGUUCCUCAGCAUCUUAUUAUCCCUGGGGAAUGGCAGAAGAACAUGUAGCAAGUGUUCAACAUGGUUUGCGCUAGUUCACUAAUCCACCCGGGAAGCACCGUUUUAGUAUCUUUGCCAUCAAUCCAAAGGAAAAAACGAGGGAAUGUGUUAUGUAACAAUAAGGUAAGAAAACAAAGAGUAGCAUCAAUGUCAAUGUCCCUUGGUAACCAGAAAAAUCAGAAUGCAGAAGAAGCAAGUGUAAGAGAAGGUGAAAGGCUCUAUCUGGGGUUUGACUUUGGCACAUCUGGUGCCAGGUUUGCCAUAAUCGACAAAGAUGAUGCAAUUCGAGCUGAGGCAAAGAGAGAGUACCCUUUGUACUUGAGUGGAGAGUCGCAGGAUUGGGUACGCUCAUGGAAGGAGACACUGUUUUCUCUGCUUGAAGAUGUCCCACUCGACAUUCGCAAACACAUUGUGGCUAUUUCAAUUGACGGGACUUCUGCCACUACUCUCAUUGUUGAUAGUUACACAGGGGAACCGUUGUGGAGACCUUUUCUUUACAAUGAGAGUUGUUCUGAUGCAUUACCAAUGGUGAAGUCUAUUGCUCCUCAAAAUCACACGGUUUGCACUGGGUCGUCCACUCUGUGUAAACUCGUCUCUUGGUGGAACCAUGUUGGUUCGGAUAAAAAACCUGCUUUGUUGUUGCACCAAGCAGAUUGGCUUUUGUGGCUUCUUCAUGGAAAGCUUGGAGUUACAGAUUAUAAUAAUGCUCUCAAGGUUGGCUAUGAUCCUGAAGUGGAUUCGUAUCCUUCAUGGUUAGUGUGUCAACCAUAUUAUCAUCUUUUACCUUCAGUUCUUGCUCCCGGAACUCCAAUUGCUUGUUUAAAGGAGGAAAUUGGAAAAAAAUAUGGUUUUCAAAAGGACUGUGUUGUGUGCACCGGAACCACCGACAGUAUUGCUGCAUUUCUUGCAGCUCGUGCUAGCCAACCUGGGAAAGCUGUCACUUCAUUGGGUUCAACACUGGCGAUUAAGUUACUCAGCAAUACAAGAAUUGAAGAUUCUCGGUUUGGGGUUUACAGCCAUCGCCUUGAUGAUAAAUGGCUCGUUGGUGGUGCUUCAAACACUGGUGGAGCAAUUCUUAGACAGCUUUUCACUGAUAAUCAAUUAGAGAAACUGAGUGAACAGAUCAAUCCCUCACAACCUUCUCUUCUGGACUACUAUCCCUUGCCCAAAGCAGGUGAAAGAUUCCCAGUAGCAGAUCCAAAUUUGGCUCCAAGGCUUCAUCCACGUCCUGAAAACGAUGUUGAGUACCUGCAUGGGAUUUUAGAAUCCAUUGCGCGUAUAGAGGCAAAGGCAUAUGGGUUGCUAAAGGAGCUAGGAGCAACCCAGGUAGAGGAAGUUUUCACUGCUGGUGGAGGAGCCAAAAAUGAGAAGUGGAUAAAGAUUCGUGAGAGGGUGCUUGGUUUGCCUGUGAGUCGUGCAAAUCAAACAGAAGCUGCAUAUGGAGCUGCAUUAUUGGCAAAAAAGGGUGAUCAGCAAAAUAUUCUUUCAUAACAUUAUUGCACUCCACCUGUUUGAUCAUGGUAACCAGGAAUAAUUCUGAGUUCAAAUUGUUCUUGUGAAAAUGAAAUUGAAGUCCGAAGAAUGUUUCAACAUGGAUGCCACAGUGAUGUUAAGUUAUCUUCUUGGGUUUAAGAAUAAUGAGACAUUAACAUCUUUAUUAUUUUAUAU